AUGAUCUGUAGGCUCCUUUCCCUUCUCUGCCUGCGGCUGUGUGUUGGGCAAAUAGGCAUUCCUGAAAAUGGGCCUCCUUCCAAGCCCAGCCUCAGUGCCUGGCCCAGCACAGUGCUUCCCACUAAGAGCAACGUGAUACUGCGAUGUAAGAGCCCUACCCCAAGUAAACACUUCAUCCUCAAAAAGGAAGGUUUUGUUUUGGAUUUUGUAAAGCCGUACAAUUUGACUGAGGAGAUGGCUAACUUUCAUUUCACUGAGCUACGACAGAGUGAUGGCGGACACUAUACCUGUGAAUACUACAGCAAAUGGUCCCACAACACACUGUCACAGCCCAGUGAUGCUCUUUUCCUGUUGGUCACAGGGUACUUGCCUAAGCCCUCCUUCCAAGCCCACCACAGGGGCACAGUGACUGCAGGAAGCACGGUGACUUUGCAAUGCCAGAAAGCAGGCAGUGUACUCAGACCCAUACGGUUUGCAUUGCUGAAGGUGGGACACUCAACUCCUGUACAGACGAGGGGCUCAACAGGAAUGGUAUUAGACUUCACUCUUCAGAACGUGACAGCCAGAGACGCCGGGAAGUACAGCUGUGUUUACUAUCAGGCAAAGGCUCCUUAUCGGGCCUCAGAUCCCAGCAAUCUCCUUGAGAUCUCUGUGAUAGACAACCAUCUACCUCAAGAUUCUGCUGCAUCAACUUUCCCACCACAACCAAAGGAAACCUCAUACAAGCCCCUCGAUACCAUGACAGAAGACUAUACCAUGGGUAACCUCAUCCGGAUCGGUGUGGCCGCUGUAAUCAUACUGAUACUAGGAGGCUUUCUGGUUGAAGCCUGGCAUAGCGAGCGGCUAUCUCCAAAUAGACAGUGGUAA